AUGGGCCAGCAGCAGGGAGUGCCCGCUGUCAAUGGUGACUGGGAAACGAGAAGCACAUUCUCUACAUCUUCGAGAAGAUUCCGACGAAAACUGAGAAAAAGUUUCAGGUCGAGCCGCAACCGCUCAUGUCGCGAUCUCAGCGCCACAUUCCAGUACAACGUGAACGAUAACAGCAAUUAUGAGCUGCUCAACCUGAACACAGCCAGUGAGGACGAGUUGAUGACCUUGACAGGAAUCUCGCGGAAAAUUGCGCGGGACAUUAUCGACCACAGGAGUGCCAUCGGAGGUUUCCGGAAGGUAGAAGACCUCGCGGUGGUGGCUGGCGUCGGUGCCGCCCGACUCGAAGUCCUGCGACACGACGUAUGCGUGAAAAACAACUUAGUCGAUUGCGUUUCCCAUUCUCUGGAUUCUCUCAAUUUAACAAAUCAAACGAAGGGCAUAUCUCGUGUGAAUAUAAACACGGCGUCGAUGUUUGACCUGAUGGCUGUACCUGGGCUCACUCAGAACAUGGCUGCCAGUAUUUGCCACGCUAGGGACAAGAAGCUACGCUUCAAGACUGUGGACUCUCUUCUAAAAAUUAGAGGUAUGACACCUUCAAAAUUCGCCGCUCUCCGACCACACUUGUCGACUGACGACGAACCUUGCGACUGCGAUGCGGUAAUGAACGGUUCCAACGAGCUGACCAAAACGCGCCCUCCAACUUCGCCCAGCAUUUCUAUGAAGUCUAGAAAGUCCAGAAGAGCCGAUUUGGUAGAUAACCAGAUCGACCUCGACGUGUACCGACUCGUCUCACAUCUUGCGGUGCGCCCGGUCCCGUCCCGGACCGACGACAUGACCCUGUCUCAGAAUCGAUUACGAAUCGCUCUAUGGAACCUGGAGGACAUGACCCUAGAUAAAGCUUCGAAUUUCGGGGUUCAAGAAGUCGUUUGCCGCACUAUCCUCGAAAACGACAUAUCGAUGAUGGUGUGUCAGGACAUUCGGUCCUUCCUGGUAGGUGACAAGUUCACGACGGAAUUGAAUCAGCCGCUCCUGUCUCGAGUAGCUUCUUGGGAGUCGGCGGAGCGCCGGUGGCAUGCGGUGUUCCCAAGGAGAAUCGAUCAAGGCGACGGGCGGGCGAUUCCUGGACUGUCUAGAAACCGGGAAAACUCGGCCGGUAUUUUAUAUAACGCUACGCAUGGUUUACGCCAUUUGGUGGUGAAGCUCGUCGAUCUUCAAGAGGAUUUGACACCGGCGCUAGUGACUCAAUUCGAGAUGUCCGAACACUUCCGCCUUUCCGUAGUUUCCGUAGACCUUGACGGAUUGGAACCGAAUUCUCUUCCUGAAUUACUGACGGAUUUCAUCGAUAAACUUGCCGAUGCUCUCGGGGACGCGGAAAAUAUUCUGGUAUGCGGAAACUUCCUGUCGCCUCCAACCGACCACGCUUUCGAUGAGAUGAUACGUUUGGGCUUCCAAUUGUUGCACCCGAUAUCCAUCCAAGAAGACGAUCAUCUCCAUAUAUGGUGCUCCGCUGGUGUUGGAGCGCUUUGUCGCACAAAAGAAGCGAUUCAGAUACGGCAGGGCCUCAGUCAUCCGAUGAUUCCGAGAGGCCGUUGGCAUCUUGGCGGAGCUGUGAGCUCUCACAAACCGACGGUCGUGGAUUUGAGUCUCCCGGAGCCGAGGGGAGCCUUGCGAUCGGGUCACGGCCGUGUUCUCAACAACGGCAUGGUUUGCGCAGAUUGA